AUGACUUCCAAUCCAAUCAAAAGGUGCCUGGAAAGUGAAAUUCAACAUCAUCAGGGAGCUUCGACUGCCCCUUCAGGACGACCAACACCAGGACUUUUGAAGGCUGCCCCAAAUACCCAGUAUGAGAGACUAAAGGACGAAACUCCUACCAUUCAAAACAUCAAUCAACUGCUUGCAAAACGCCGGCGUAAGUCUUACCCCAAGGCGUGUUACCCAUGUCGUUGCCGAAAGAUACGCUGUGAUCGUAUGACCCCUUGCGGAAAUUGCCUCAAACAUGAGCAGCCCAAGCUCUGCGUGUAUCUGGACCAAAACGGCCAGGUGCGCAGACAACAAGCUACUGCUCCUUCUAAACCAUCGGUUACAUCGACAAAAGAUCGAGUAGCAGCGCUUACAGAUCUCGAACGUAGAAUGCAAACAAUCGCCGAGGAGGUGGUCAAACGUUUGGGCUCUCUUGGUAGCGGAAUUCUUCAAGAAUCUGCAAAGCAGCCGCAGACAGACGAAGGCCGUGCCAUUGGCAUUCGCCCACCACUGCAAACCCCACCAAUCUACGCGCCACCACCAGCUGUUGCUGACGAUAGUAUCGGCGCAUCCGUACAUAUUGGUGCCGAGUCAUUGGCCUCGAUCCUCGUUGACACCCUGAAAUCGGCCCAUCCUACUGCAGCUUCUCCACAAUCCAGGGACGAAACCAAAUCGUCCCGGCACUCGGCAUACGAGACCAUGCAGUUGCUAUAUAUGACCGACACGGGCUCUACACACCCCUUUACGAGUCUUUGGAAGCCUGGAGCUACGGUGGAAGAUAUCUGCCUCGCCCUCCCCGACAAUGAAACCUUUGAACAGUACUUAACUUCCUUUCAGAUCUCAGUCAAUCUUAUCUCCCCGACAAUUCCUUUGCAGGGGUUUGCAGUGGACGCUAGGGCGUUUUGGAGUGAACGCUCCAAUGGUAAAAGGGGAGAAAGCGAGCUUCGGUCUGCUUCGUGGCUAGCACUUCUCUUCUGUGUUCUUGCGAGCGGAUGCUCGUAUAGCAGUUUCCAUCGCAACGACAAUGACCUGAACUCCAGAGUCUUUGUCUGUUGCGCCUUCGAGCUCCUCCGGCUCGAUAACUAUCUUCUACAGCCGACGAUCGAUAAUGUGCGAGUCUUGGCCGCACUGGCCGCAAAUCUACGCGUACAAGAUAAUCCUGCUGCAUCAUGGUCAUUGCUUGGUACUGGCACAGCUGCCUGA